AUGGCAACAUUGCCGAGCCUGCCGCCGGUCGCUGGCACGGACCCGUCGCGGGCCGUGCUCGACUCUUUCCGGAUCGCGAUCGCGAAAAAGGUCGCGGACGCGCUGCCGGAGCUGAGCGUCGAGCAGGUGUACGCGGGCGUCGAUUAUGGGAAGAAGGGGGUCGACUUUACGGUUGCGCUGCCGCGGUUCCGGUUGCCGGGCAAGGUCGACGUGCUCGCGAAGCAGGUCGUAGACUCCUUCCAAGCGGACGACUACGUGGAAUCUGUACAACACGACAAGGCGUUCCUGCACUUUAUGUGCCGCACGCCGACCCUGCUACGCGCGGUGCUGACGCAGGUGCACGAAAAGACGCACGAGAGCGCGUCGGGGAAGCCGGAGUACGGGACGAACGAGCUGGGCAAGGGCAAGAAGGUCGUGAUCGAGUACUCGUCGCCCAACAUCGCCAAGAGCUUCCACGUCGGCCAUCUGCGCUCGACCAUCAUCGGCGCCUUCCUCGCGAACCUCUACAAGGCCUGUGGGUGGGACGUCACGUCGUUGAACUACCUCGGCGACUGGGGAACCCAGUUCGGGCUGAUCGCGGUCGGGUACGAGAAGUACGGCUCGGACGAGAAGCUGCAGCAAGACGCCAUCAAGCACCUCUUCGACAUCUACGUCGCCAUCAACAAAGACGCCGAGUCGGACCCCUCCGUCAAAGAGGCCGCCGCGGCGUGGUUCAAGCGCAUGGAGGACGGCGACGAGAGCGCGCUGAAGAACUGGCGCGUGUGGCGCGAGCUCUCGGUCAAGAAGUACGCGGAGGAGUACGAAAGGCUGAACGUGCACUUUGACGAGUAUACGGGCGAGAGCCAGGUCGGUCAGGAGGGGAUGCGCAAGGCGAUUACACAGCUGGAGGCGGCGGGGAUUGUUGAGGAGAGUCAGGGGGCGCGGAUUGUGGAUUUGGAGAAGUAUAAGCUCGGCAAGGCUAUCGUGCGCAAGAAGGACGGCACCUCCAUCUACCUCACGCGCGACAUCGGCGCGGCAAUCGAGCGCUACGAGAAGUACAAGUUCGACAAGAUGAUCUACGUCAUCUCCUCGCAGCAGGACCUGCACGUCGGCCAGUUCUUCAAGAUCCUCAAGCUCAUGGGCCUCGAGUGGGCCGACCGGCUCGAGCUCGUCAACUACGGGCUCGUGCAGGGCAUGAGCACGCGCCGCGGGACGGUCGUGUUCCUCGACCAGAUUAUCAGGGAGACGAGCAGCAUCAUGCACGAUGUUAUGAGGAAGAACGAGGCGAAGUAUAGCCAGGUCGAGGAUCCGGAACGGACGUCGCUCGAGGUGGGUCUGAGCGGGAUUAAGAUCCAGGAUAUGACGGCGAAGAGGAUAAACAACUACACGUUCAGCUGGGACCGCAUGACCUCCUUCGAAGGCGACACGGGGCCCUACCUGCAAUACGCCCACGUCCGCCUCUGCUCCCUAACCCGCAAAAACCCCGAACUCCUGCCCCUUCCCCCUCCAUCCUCCAUCAAAGCCGAGCUCCUGCAGCAAGACAAGGGCGCGCGCGACAUCGUCAUGCUCCUCGGCUCGUACCCCGACGUCAUAAAGACCACGCUCAAAAACGGCGAGCCGAGCACGAUCGUCACGUUCCUCUUUAAAUUGGCGCAUGCGAUUAGUAGCGCGUGGGAGACGGUUAUUAUUAAGGGCGAGAGCGACGUCGAGAAGCAGAGGGCGCGGAUGUGGAUGUAUUUGUGUGCGCGGGAUACGCUGGGCGCGGCGAUGAGGCUGUUGAGUAUUAGGCCGUUGGAGAGGAUGUGA